CCCCUUGCCACCCUCACUCACACUACAACCGCACGUUUCCUCUUCCCUUUGCCCCACCCGUGCGUCCUUCCCAUUUCCUCCCCACUCCCUGCCAGUAUGGCGCCCGUGUUUAAAUUCAACGGUCAGAAAUAAGGAUACUCCCGUUGUGUUCCAGAGCUUUUCAGAGUGAUCGUUCCGUACAUUCGUUCGGUGUCUUUCCCAAGGGUCGUAUCUUUUUGGUACAGGUCAGCGGUGACAAUUUCGUGAGAGAAUCCUCGGAAGAUCCUCUGAAGGAGACGUUACAGCCGUUCGUCAAACAUGCCAGGAACAAUGGAGCCCUUCAUCCAGCGUAUGUUGGAGCGUGCCAAAGCAAGGAGGGAGAAAUUGGAUGAGCAGUUGUCCAAUGCAGGACACAACAUUAACACAAGACGAAGUCCUUUAAAAAAUACAAAUGCUUUGAUAGAACAGGCCACAGCAGCAGCUGCUGCAACAGCAAAUGAAAGUCCAACCAAAUCACCAAUCAAAGUGACUGCAGUUAGUGCACUCCCUACCAAAUCUCCUCGCAAAUCUCCAUUAUCUAAGAAUACAAUGUCUGAGAAUGCACAAGACAAUAAGGAGAAUGGUCAAUUUGAAACGUAUAAUGCUCGAUCCAAGUUGCAUAGACUUGGAAAAUUGUAUUCUGAUGAUAGCAAUCUUGGGUUAAGUUCACCUAUACACAGGACAGAGGAGAAAUUUACCGCUGAAGAAAAUGUGGAACACAAACCAGUCAGAAGAGGCGCUAGACUGGAUAGAUUAGCAGCUUUGGCUUCUACAAUCAAUAAUUGGGAGGAUGAUUUAUCUCAUCCGACAUUAACUACUUCUAAAACCAAGCCAGGAGGUAGCAAAGCAGAAAAGAUUCAGGCAAAAUUUAACGAACAAGUUAAAAGUGGAUUAGAAUCACAACCGAGUACAAGUGGCAAAGGAACUGCCAAUAAUGGAAGGAAGAGCAAAGAUUCAAGUCCAGUUAAACAAUUAAAAUGGGAUAAAACCGUAUUGGAGAAUUUGGAGGCUCAAGGCUUUAGUCGUACAAAAAGCAAUUCUCGUCUCGUGUAUGACUAUAAGCAUUGUUCCCAGGAAUCAAACGCCGUUACACGUUUAUCACCUAACAAGUUUACGAGCACUACUGCUCAGCAAGCGGAAAAGAAAGGAAUUACGCCUGUUAAAUCUGAUGCUUCACCGAUAAGAAAGAAAAUGGAAAGUGAUGCUGGUGUGAUUGCAAGUCCGCCUAACUCCUCUAAAAGCAACGACAGUAAAAUUUCAAAUACUCCUGAAAAUGUUAAAAGCGCGAAUACUACUAGCAGUUCUCGAUUACCGUCGAGAACUCUGUUUAACGGCUCACCAAAGACUUUGGUCCAACCAUCAGGUUCCGUAUUAAGUAAAGCUUCGAUGUUUGAAGCUAAAAACACGGAGACAAAGGCGAAGGAUCCAGCACAAAUGUCUCUCGCCGAAAGAAUGGCGUUUUUCGAACGAAAUAAAGGAGAAGCGUUAAUCCCGAAAGCGCCACUUACAAUGUCGAUACCGCCUAAAAAAUUACAAGAAAAGGACAAGCAACUAGGAUCUAAUGCGGAGUCAUCUCCAAGAAACGACGUUCCGAGCAGAACAGUUCAUGAACAACGUGCGUUGUUCGAGCAAGGCAAUAAAAAUAAAGUAGAGGAAAUGGAGAGUCACAUUUUACAAGUUACUCACGCCGAGAGACAGCGCGAAUUGAACAUGUUACGCUCACGGUUUAAUUCUAAUAAGGAAAUUGCUCGUACUGCCGCUAGAUCUUGCGUUCGAACGAGCGAAAGCAGCGAAGGGGGUGGUAAACCAUCCUCGCCAAAGAAUUCGCCUGUUUGCCCAGUGAAACCAACUCCUGCUCCUGAUCAUAUUGCCCUGCCUCCGCCGCCACCGCCACUACCACAUCCAGAAAUCAUAUCAUAUCACAGUAAAUCUUCUGUGAAAAGACAAGGUAUCGGAAGUCCACCCAAAGUUCAACAUUUCAAUACAACAUCUGACAUCAAACGUAUCCGCGUAUGUCCUCCGAAACAAGGAUCCCUUUAUCCAAAUCUGUCUGAUAUUGACGUUACUGAAAGCGAAAGUGAUACAGAAUUCACUGUUGAUAGUAGUGAACCUGUAACAGCUACUCUCGACGAGAAUACUGAAACCGAGACAGCCUCUGAAGCGGAUUAUUAUGUUCGACAUGAUGAAACUGAUCAGGAAACUGAAACUGAAAGUGAAAGUGAACAAAAUUCAACUGUCGGGCGUACGAGUUUUGGACGUAGUAUCUUACAUGAACUCGACGAGCGUUCUAUGUUUAAUAAAAAGAGAUGUAUAGAACCGGAUCCAGACAGCACAACAACAGACAUUUCAGUACUCGAUGAAAUGGAUCAAUAUUUAGAUGAAUGUCUCGAUGAAGAAUUAGAUAAUGAUGUAAGAGAAGAAGGUCCAACACCACCUAAAGUAAAUAGAGGUGGCGAACAGUCGAUUGCAUACAAUAAAUAUCGUUCGCCUUUAAAAGAUUCAGAUAAACUAGAGGAUGGUAGCAAACGUACACCAUUGGUACGCACUGUUAGUGCGUAUAGACGACAACAAUCUCAAUUGGCUAAGCUUAAUUCAGCGACGAGACACGAAUCGAGUUCAGCGUCUGCAGAAAAACAUGAGAACGAAACCGUAUUAGUUGAGCUCAAAGUGAAGAAGUUGUUAGAUGAAGUAUCAACGCAACAAAAAAAGAUAGAGGAAGCCAGCAAGGCUUUAAAUUUAUGCCACUCCACGGUGGAAUUUAACGGCAGCAGUGAGCACGUCGGAGGGGAAUGGGCUCUACUCAUUGCUACGCAUAAACGCAAAGCUGCACUCAAUGAAGUGCAAAGAUUAAAAAGAGAAGGUACUCUGAGACCUGCCAAGGCAGGCUCAGCCGAAGUGCAAGGAAGUGGUUCGUUGACUAUUUCGGCUAUUACAUUACCGCUCAGACAGGAAUAUUUCCGAAACAUGGGCAUGAAUACGUAUCUUCAUUGCACAUGCCUUAUAUAUUACCUAGGAGAGGUAGUCGCUACUCAAGCGGCGACCGCCGAACCAGGCGAUGCCUGCAUUUGCUUCACUUCGAUGCUGAAGCUUGAAGAUUUGCACAGCGAUUUCAAACUUCAAGUCGAAGUAUACACCUUACAAACCCAGCCAAAGUAUUUGCCACAUGAAAAGAAAUAUCAUAUCAAUUAUAAUGCAAAAGCGGUCAAUAAGACACCAAAGAAAAAAAAUCAGUUUGUAAUGCCGAAUAUACAGAGUCCAGCAGGUCCAAACGCAAUCAGGUCACCUGCUUUCGAAUUAUCUGGGACUACGACUAUUACUCUAAAUGACAUAAAUCGCGACCAAUUUACUCUACUAUGCGGGAUGUCGUCACAUUCUCCUCUGGAAGGACAUCUGCGAAUGCGUAUAUUGCGUAAACUUUCAGUAUCAGUGGAACAUCGCGGAUUUUUGACGAUCUUUGAGGAUAUUACGAACUUGGGUGCUUGGCGUCGAACAUGGUGUUGGCUUAAAGAUGCGAAACUCUACUAUUGGGUACACCCUGAAGACGAACACAAGAGAGAUCCAAUAGGACAGAUUGACUUGGAAGGUGUAAUUACAAAGUAUGUACAAUUUGUAAAUCGAGAAAAAUAUGCUCGUCCGUUCACAUUUUUACUCGAAGUAUCGAGACCUGCACAACCUGGUGACACUAAUAAUCUGAUUAUGAAGACAAAUGGAACUAAAACUAUAAUUGAAUACUUUUUAUUAGCUGACACGAAAGAAGAAGGAUUACAAUGGAUGGCGAAAUUAAAUAAAACUUUAAACCUAAUCAGAGCAUGGGGACCAAAUAGAAAUUUAGUUUACAAGACUUAAAAUAAGUAUAAAUCGGUUUUACAAGAAACGUAUUUAUUUACGUUCAUGUUGAUUUGUGAUAGGAGUCAUACGUAUUAUAAUUAAGUCUCCAUAUAAGUAACAUAUAUUGUGGUAAAGCAAAUUAGAUUUUUCUUUGUUUUAUUGUGGUAAAGCUUUUUAAAUCAUUUGUGGAAGAAUCAUGCGUAUGCAUAAUACGUGAUGCAUCGCUCAUCGGAAUAUAUAAGAUUAAAUAUAUGAUUUAAUGAUUUAAAUCGUAUAUAUUUAAUCUUAUAUAUUCCGAUGAACGAUACAUCGCGUAUUCGUGCAUACGUAUGAUUCCUAUCACAAGAAAUUUGUAUAUAGGCUAAUCGUAGGAAAUUAGUAUUUACUAAUGUAUGUACUAAUAUUAUUUAAGAGAUAUUUAUAUAUGUAAAAUUACGAGUUUAUACAUUAAUAUUAGCAAUAAUAUUAUUAACAAUAAUAAUUAAAUAUA